CAUUGGGCGAGAAAUCAAUUAUCUAUAUGAUGCUAUGACCAAAUCAUCUGAGUCCAGUACAUCCGAGUCGAGUUCAGCUGAAGAAGCUUAUACAAUAGAGAAGGAACCCAGGGAAUCAGUUUUUACACCACUUAACAAAGUAAUACAGGUGAAUAAAAAAUCUGGUAAUAAGAAGGUGAAAUAUAAAAGAUAUCUAUCCUGUUCUGUUAAUAUUAAUCAACUAAUUAUUGAAUUGGGCAAAUUAACUAGUAAUGGAGUCGAAAGCCCAAAUACUCCUGUUGAUAACAAUAUAGAGGAGCCAGAAGAAUCGGAUAUAGAAGAUCAAACUGACAACAUCCAAAGCAGUAAUAUUUACAAAGUACAACUGAAGCGUGACAGAUCCCUUAAAUCUCUUGCGUUGAGUAUACUAAAAUAUCUUCCUGAAGAUAUUCUUCAUGAAGAACCAGACUUUUCAUCUAUUAAAUCACAUGAUACUAUCCAGAAUUGUGAGGUGUGUCGAGAAUGUGAUAAGCCUGUUUUAACAGAAAACCCACCUAGAUCUCUCGUUUUAAAUGUUUGUGGUGAUAUAGUUCAUCGGACUUAUGCGAGAAAACCUGAUAAGAGGUGUGUAUUAGAAUGCUCAUGUGGUAUAGCUGAUGAUAAAGAUCCGUCAUUGUCUUCAGAAGAAAUAGACAUGGAUGAGAAGAAUAAUGAGGAUGGGGAAGUAGAAUCAACUCUGCUAGAGGAAACUGACUCAGCUUCUAACAGUAAGAGCAAGAAACGGGUUAAUGAAAAUACAGAUUCUUCAGCCAGCAAGAAAUCCAAGAAACGUGAUCUAGAUGAGGACUCUAAUAUUUUAAAAAGACUCAUCCGGGAGUUGUCUUCUGAUACCACUCGAAUUUCAAUCACCAAUGCUGAAGAAGAAGGAUACAAAGAACAUGAAGCCCUAAAGAAGCUUUAUGAUGAGGUUAAAGAUCAGCUUUCCAAAGAGGUUACCAAAAAUGCUAUUCAGAAGAAAUCGAACAGGGCAAGGAAGGUCUAUGAUCUUUUUUUUCGUAUUACUAAUAAUAAAAUUCAACAGAUGGUAUUCAUCAGACGAAUAAAAUCAUUUUCAGCAACAUCUAUUUCGAAUCUAAGUGAUGAUAAUAUCAGAUAUGUAGCGUCUUAG